AUGAAUUCUCAUAAUAAGAAUAAUAUCGAAAGCACUAUUUCAACACCAAAAAGGCGCCGGCUAGGUACGGGAAGAAUUAUAAGAGCAUCUCAAAUUAUGAACAGUAAUAAUGAUUUAUCAGAUAAAUUUACAUCUCACCGGUGGAAACAUACUCCUAAGAAGAUCACUUUAGUGGAUGGUUGUGAUUCUCCUCCUCUGCCAUGCAAUCAAGUGGAAUAUUUGAGUGACUCGGGAAACAAUACAAGUGAGGAUAUUCCAUGUUCUCCGGGCAUUUUAGAAUCUUGUUUUGUUAAAGAUGGUGAGAAUUGGAAGUCAUUCGUAAUCAGCAACAAUAAAACUGUAUCUUCUGAAGUAGCUAAUGAAAUUGAUGAUAUAUCAGAUGAUAUGUUUCAAUCAAAAUUAGAGCAAGAAUCAAGUCAGCAAAAUCAUAUUGACGAGGAAAUCUUAACAUCAAGGUGUGAAAAACAUUUCAGGGAUGAAAUCAAUGAUGGUUUUGAAGCAAUAAAUCAAUCAAUAAGUGUUAUAAAAAAUGACAGAGAUUCCUUUAUGGAGACUAAAGAUUCUUUUCUCCUUGAUAUUGGUGAAUGUAUUACAGAUAUUGUAACUCAACCAAGUCAAAUAAAUAAAGCUGUAAAAUUAGUUAAUAGAAAUAAUGUGCCAAAGGAUAAUUUUUAUCAGUUACCAAAGAUUACAAAGGGUUUAUUUAAGACUUAUAGAAAUAUAGAAAAAUUAUAUGACUGGCAGGAAGAGUGCCUGAAUUUAGAUGCGAUUAGUGAGCGACGUAAUCUGAUUUAUGCGUUGCCAACAAGUGGUGGCAAAACUCUAGUGGCUGAAAUUCUAAUGUUACGGGAAGUGAUGAACAGAAAACAUAAUGCAUUAUUUAUUCUGCCUUUUGUUGCUAUAGUUCAAGAGAAGAUAUGGUCCUUAUCACCGUUUGCUGUUCAGCUCGAUUUUUUAGUAGAGGAAUAUGCUGCCGGUAAAGGCCAUAUACCGCCAAAGAAAAGGCGUAAAAAGAAUAGUAUCUAUAUAGCGACUAUUGAAAAGGGCCUUGCCUUAAUACGGAGUCUUAUUGAGUUGGACAGACUGGACGAGAUUGGGCUAAUAGUGGUUGACGAACUUCAUUUAAUAGGAGAAGAAGGACGCGGUGGCACACUCGAAACUUUAUUAACGACUGUAAUUUUCGCUAAUAAAGGUAUUCAAAUAGUAGGAAUGAGUGCUACAAUAGGAAACCUAAAUGAAAUCGCUCAGUUUUUGCACGCAGAUGUGUUUCAAAGGGAAUUUAGGCCGGUGGAACUUACAGAAUAUGUGAAACUUGGGAAUGUUCUGAACAGGAUAGUGUGGAAUGAAAAUGGUAUGGAGUUGGUACCAGACAGGCAAUUAAAAUAUGAUUAUACGGCGGCUGCAACGUCGUUGGACCCGGAUUAUCUCGGAGGAUUGGUAUCUGAAGUGGUACCCGCCGCUUCUUGCCUGGUGUUCUGUCCAACUAAAAAGAAUUGUGAAAACGUCGCGUCACUGCUUUGCAAACUACAGAGAAAGGAGAUGUUGACGCACCGAGCGGAAGAACGCAAUGCGGUAGCCCGGGCGCUGUGUGCCGAGGGCGGUGCUGCGCUGGCGCGUCUUGUGCGCUGCGGCGUCGCCUUCCACCACGCCGGCCUCUCCGCCGACGAGCGCGCGCUGCUGGAGGCUGCCUUCAGGUCGGGCGCGGUGUCGGUGCUGUGCUGCACGUCGACGCUGGCGGCGGGCGUGAACCUGCCGGCGCGCCGCGUCAUCGUGCGCGCGCCGCGCGUGGGCCGCCGCGCGCUGUCGCUGGCCGCCUACCGCCAGAUGGCGGGCCGCGCCGGCCGCGCGGGCGUCUGCACAGCCGGCGAGAGCAUUAUAAUUUGCGCGGAGCGGGAGUGGGCGGAGCUGCGUGGCGUGCUAUGUGGAGGCGUGGCGGCGGCGCGCAGCGUGCUGGUGGAGCGUGUGCCCGCGCUGCUGCUGGCCGGCGUCGCGCUGCGCCUGGCGCGCGACCGGCCCGCCCUGCGCCGCCUGCUGCGCUGCACGCUGCUCGCCGUCACGCACGCCCACACUGUGGACAUGAAUCAAUGUUGCGAUGAGGCCAUACGCUCGUUGCUGCAAAGCGGUGCGUUGGAAGUUGUCAACAAGAGUUCGCGGCUCGAACCUGGUGACGACAAUUCCGAGAAUAAUAGAUGCUACGUGUUUAAUGACAGCGAACUGGUAGUCACUAAGGUUGGACGGGCGGCUAUUAAAGGAUGUAUGGACCUAGCUGUGGCGAAGCAAUUUCUAUCCGAUUUAGAAGUGGCUUCGAGGUCCUUAGUGUUAAUGGGUAGCCUCCACCUCUUGUACCUGGUGACUCCGCACGACGCGGCUGGAUUGCGGCCCGACUAUAGGCAUUAUUACUCCUUGUAUCGUAACUUGGACGAAGAGGGAGUACAGACAUCAAAAAUACUUGGUAUCACGGAGAUGAACGCGAUACGAAUGAUGACCGGCAAACCUAUCACGAACGUUCCAGAAAUAGUGUUGUGCCGAUUCUACAUCGCCAUGAUGCUGCACGAUCUUUGGAAACAAGUGCCUUUCCCGGAAGUUGCUGAAAAGUACUGCAUCCCGCGGGGAACCGUGCAGAUGGUGAUGGGGUCUGCGGCGGCAUUCGCAUCGUGCGCGGUGCGGCUGUGCGAGGAGCUGGGCGCGUGGGCCUUCCGCGCGCUGCUGGCCGAGCUGGCGCCGCGCCUGCAGCACUGCGCCGCGCCAGACCUGCAGCAGCUCAUGGAGCUGCCCGCUGUGCGCAAGGCUAGAGCGAUGCAGUUAAUGCGGGCGGGUUACAAACGCGUUGAAGACUUGGCGAAAGCGUCGGCGGACGACUUGGUGUCCUCGAUAUCGCACUUGUCCAGGACUGCCGCCAGCCAUCUCAUUAGUGCUGCUAGGAUGAUGCUGAUAGAAAAAGUUGAAAAUCUACGAGCAGAAGCCGAAGACGUCAUGGAGGAGUUAGUAGUCAAAUGA